GGGGGACACAGUGCCGGCAAACCGAGAAACGAACGGAACGACGUCGCACAUACGCGGACGUACCUUUCGCGCGCCGAGUUACCACCACCGCACCUCAGACACGCGGAAGAACCACUUUUAUUCAAAAAAAAAAAUUAACUUUCAUUUUUCAACCAAAAAAAAAAUGUGAUUUUCGAACAGGGACUUUGCGCAGUGACUUUAAGUGCUUAUACAGUGAUUACCAACAGUAGUACCUGGACUUACAAUCAAGAAUUUUAAAAGUUCUUCCGUCCACCCUAAGACCAACCAACAAUUAAAUUAGUUCGUCCUGUUUAGUUGUAGUAAUCAAACAACACCCUCGCGUAUCACUUUCUGAAUGCUGUUAAUAUCUUUGUUCGAAGUGGAUUCACCCUCGGAGAGUUUCGUAGAAGCGGAGGCUUCGGCUUCUUCAAGCUGCUGCUCACCAGGUGACUUGUAGAACCUCCCCACAAAAAAAAAAAACAGAAAUUCAUAAAUGUCACUUCUAGUAGUAGUACAUACGUGUUGUUGUUGUUGUUGCAUGUCGAUAGUAUAGGAUGCGCCGGUCGGGAAAUGCGUCUAAGGCCUUCCGCUCCGUUUCGUCACCCGGAGGGCAUCUUCAGGGCGAGACGCGCGCCCUGUAACCCCGCCACCACCGCCACUACUGGUGUCCAACCAAUUCCUACCGAUUCAAAUAAUAAUCAUUCGUCCGGAUUUAGUGGCUGUCAUCUGCAAAAUAAGUGUUCAGUGUUGGUACAGGGAGAAGUCUCUGGUACGCCACUGAUCGCGGCUUCGCAGCCCCACGGCCCCAGCAGUCCCCAACCCAGCAUGCUUCUAUUGCAGACUCAGACUCAAUUUGGAUCUAGCAGUUUUGCCGACCUGCUGAAUGCGCCAUUUUCGGACGAGCCGUCUGCCGUGCUGCCUCCCGAAGAGCUCGAUCCGUUUGCCGACGUUGCCCUCGCGCCCCCAGUGUCACCCGCCCCUUUACCCAGUUUCCAGGAAACGUAUCGCCUUUUUCAACAACAGCAACAAAGUCUAUCCACUCAACCCUCCGAGCAACAACCCCCCCAGCAACCGCCGCCACCACAGUUCAAAAUGGAAGAGGAAUGCGGAUUUAAUGUCGCCCCAUACCAUCCGGUCUCGUCCGCCCACCACUACGACUACCCCCAAUUCCAUCAGUACUCGGCGACGAGUCCGUACUACCCUCCGCCGCCCACCUGCAGCCCCGGCUUCGACACCCUUAUGGCCCAAGGUGGGGAACCUUACUCGUUACCUUCUAGUUACCAAGUACCUUCUGGCACCGAGCUUCACGUCAGCACAUCGCUUAGUCCCAGAUUACCUUUUAGGCAAAGAAGAGCCUCACUACCUCUCCAAAGAAGCGAGUCUACCAGCAGCAGUGAAUCACCGAAGUUACGUAUGGUGGGUCCGUGUCCCAGUGCACCCUCGUCGGCCGCCUCCUCACCCGGAGGACCCUCGGAGCCUCUGCCUCAGUCUUCGAAGGGUCCCACACCUCCCUCACCCUCACAGCUUUGUGCUGUGUGUGGUGAUACCGCCGCUUGUCAGCAUUAUGGUGUGAGGACUUGUGAAGGUUGCAAAGGGUUUUUCAAGAGGACAGUACAGAAAGGCUCGAAAUACGUUUGUCUUGCGGACAAGGCCUGUCCGGUAGACAAAAGGCGAAGGAACCGAUGUCAGUUCUGUCGGUUUCAAAAGUGUUUAGCCGUAGGUAUGGUAAAAGAAGUGGUGCGAACCGAUUCAUUGAAGGGUCGAAGAGGACGGUUACCCUCCAAGCCGAAAUCACCGCAAGAAUCACCUCCAAGUCCGCCGGUUUCCUUAAUAACGGCUUUAGUGCGCGCCCAUGUAGAUACGACGCCAGAUUUAGCGAAUUUAGACUAUUCCCAGUAUAUGGAGCCGACCCCCAUUGAACCAGUGAUCUCAGAGGCGGAGAAGGUGCAGCAAUUUUAUGCUUUACUCACGACCUCGGUGGACGUUAUCAAGAGUUUUGCCGACAAGAUUCCGGGCUUUUUGGACAUUUGCCAAGAAGAUCGCGAACUGCUCUUCCAAUCGGCCUACCUGGAGCUGUUCAUCUUGAGGCUGUGCUACAGGACGCAUCCGAACGAUACCAAACUGACGUUUUGUAACGGGGUGGUGCUGGAUAUGCAACAGUGUCAACGGUCUUUUGGGGAAUGGCUUCACGGCAUAUUGGAGUUCUGUGCCGGGUUGCAUUCAAUGGAAAUCGACAUAUCUGCGUUCGCUUGUUUAUGCGCUCUUACACUUAUAACAGGUAGGGAACGUCAUGGAUUAAAAGAAUCCCACAAAGUGGAGCAACUCCAAAUGAAGAUCAUAUCCUCCCUACGAGAUCACGUAACGUACAACGCGGAAGCCCAAAGAAAAGCGCACUACUUCAGCAGGUUACUGGGCAAACUGCCCGAAUUGAGGUCCCUGAGCGUGGCGGGCCUCCAAAGGAUAUUUUACCUCAAACUGGAGGACCUGGUGCCGGCCCCCCCGCUUAUAGAGAAAAUGUUCGUAGCCAGCUUGCCUUUUUAAGAUAAUAAUAAGUAAAUAAUUGUUUUUUUUUCCGUUUCUAUAUUAUAAUUUUUUUUUGUUGUUGUUUUUCGGUUUGGCGAGUUUGGUUGGGUCUUUUGAUCCGCUUUGAGAGUUCCCUCAAAAUACGUAACCAAACUGGACCGGGUCGGACGUACUGGGUGGGCAAAGUAUUACAAAGAGAAAAUAUUAUUUGGAACACCGGUAAGUCCGACCACCUAAAUUAGGAUUAUAAAAUCUCCAAACGUGAUAUGAACUAAGUUCUUUGUGAUUCGUUGUAUAAGUAGGAUAGGAGUUUUAUUUUUUAAAUAUUGAAUUUUAGUGAGUUAUGCCGACGGGUUUCAAGUUUUUGGUGAAAUUUUUUUGAAGCACAUUCCAGUACGGCCUAACUUAAUACCACCUAAAUGAACAAAAUGAACAUUUAUGAAUGAAACAUUCAAUGAUAUUUUCUUACAAUCCUAGCACAAAAUACCCACGUUUUUCCAAAAUAUAAACAAAACAGACUAUGGACAAUUAUUAUUGACACUUCAAGUUUGAAACCCUUAGAAACAGGUACUUGUUUCCCAUUCCCAGAUAUAAAUUCUUUGCUCAGAGUGUUUGUAUACAAUAAAAAGAGGACAAACCCAACAAUGGAUCCCUAGGGCACUUCUUGCUUUAUUUCUAUAAUUUAUAGAGAGAUAUGAUUAUUAACGAAGCACGAUUACUCCUUAUGCCAUGAUUCUGACGCAGUUGUUCAUGGUCAAUAGUGUCAAAGGUUUUGGAGAGAUCAAAUAAUUGCUUAUUAUUAUUGCAAUUAAGGAAUCCUUACCAUUAAAAAAUACUAAUACAAUCCUUAGGGUUGUGAGAAAAGACCAUUAGACAUCGUAAACCCAUACUUAUCCACCAUUUUUUACAUUAAAACCCUCUAAUACUAAACAUUUCAAAAAAUCAUAUAAAAACAAAUUUUUAUGUAUUUUUUAAAUAAUAAUCAGUUUCUCGACCAUUUACUUGAAACUCGUUGACAAACGACUCCUUUAAUUCGGCUAUUUUUGAUGUUGCACCAAGUUAGACCUAAGCACGUAAGUGUAAUAAUUUUUUACCUUGAUUUAAAUUUACAAAAAAAAAAAUCCCUCCUCACCCCCCUUCUUAUAUCCUCUCUCUCUCUUUUUAUGAGAGAAUUCAACUUAUAGUAGAAUGGGCGAGUAAGAGACGAGAGAUUUAUCAUGCUGUCGUAUUUUUCUAAUAUUUUCAUAUAUGUCGUGUCAAAAGAAAUAAAAAAUAACGCUACUUUAGACGUGUAGGAUAAAAAAUAGGUUCGUUUAAUUUUUAACUUUGUAUCCGCUACUGAAGAGGUAGCCAUUACUUUUUUAUAAAUGUUGUUAUACUUACUAUUAUAUAUAAUAAUAUAAUAUUCUUAGCACUAUUAAGCAUUUUAUCACUAUAUAUAUCUUUGUUUGUCCUGGAUAGUAUAGUGAGGACGUUCCAAAAAAUAUAUACAUAUAUAAAAUUUGUGCCAUAUUUCUCUGAUUAAGAUUUCUUAAAUGUGCACGCAAUACCAGUAUAUCCUGAAUAAUCAGUCAAAAAAGGUCCUUAACGUGUAUAUUUUUUGGGACUUCCUAUAUAUAUAUAAACUAAUGACGUGUAAAAAGACGGUGUAAGAAACCUGAUGAACAAUACUCGGAAGCAGAACCUUUUUGUUUUUAAUUCUUAAGUUUGUAUAUUUUGUUUUUUUAUUACGAAUAGACUUUAUUAGCAAGUUUAUUUUUGAAUGUUACCACAAAAAACAAAUGCGAUAUCCCUAGUCAAGGCACACGAUUUUUUUGUAAAUAAUAAUGUUAUUGAUGCGACAAAAAUGUAAAUGAACAUAUAUUUUGUUAGUGCGUUUGUGUAAAGGAAAAAUAACUGUCCUUUUUUGUUUUUUUUAUAUAUUUUAUGUACAGGAUGAUCUGGUUUAAUUUAAAAUAUACAAAGAGUAAAAGACCCACAUAUAGUAGAAAGGUUUUUUUUUAUGUUGGACUGAUAUUAUAUAGAGUGAGUGAGACUCUGAUAUUGUUUACUUGCAAUAGAAAGAGCGAAGUUGUGAUAACAAAAAAGGAUUCAUCAUGUAACUUUUCUGAUUCAUAUAUAUUAUUACCUGAAUCAUUUUCGGUAAAGGAUGUAUGCCUAAACCAAAAUGAAUGUUCUCAAAAGCCUUUUUAAUUAUCUCAUAUUUUAAUAAUUAUAUGUAAUGUGUUGAACCGAAUCAAGAUUUUAUAUAUGACUGAAUUAAGCAUGGAAAUGAAUAAAAAAAUGUUGAUUUUUACCCGAAAUGCUUGGAAAAAAUGUAAUUUUUUAAUUUCAAUUUUUUUAGUUCAAAAAAUGAGUCUACAUGGAUAAAAUAAACAUGAACAAAAAAGUGGCAAAUAGUACAAAAUAUUAAUGGAUUUUUGUACUACGUAAAAAUUUGUACUAAAACCGUCUUGUGCGUGCUUGAUUUUUUCGGGAUUUUUUUUUUCGAGUUUUCAAGAGUUUUUUUGUCACAGGAAUUUUUUCGUGCAGGAAAUUUCGUUUUUUCGUAAUUUAUUUGUUUAAAAAUUAUUUUUUUAAUGAGUUUCUUUGUUUGCGUCAAUUUCUUCAGAAUUAAAAAAAAUCCAGGAAUUUUUUCGUCUGGAAAUUGUUAUAUUUAGCAGUUUUUUAAAUAAUAAUACCAGUAAUGUUAAUAAAUAAAAUUUUUAUUUUCGGGAAUUUUUCCAUUCUGAAAUUUCUUUACUCAAGAGUCCCGAAAAAAAAAUUUUUUAAUAUGAAAGUUCCUGGACUAAAAAAUUCCAGAACGAACAAAUUUCCGGAAAAAAAAGUCUGGAAAAAAUAAAUUCCAGUAAUAAAAUGUGUUUACUCCACCAAAAAAAUUCCUGAAAAAAAUCAUUGGAUCAAAAAAUUCCUGGAAAAAAAAAUUUUGUGCAUGAAAUUUUUUUUCGAGUGUUUUUGGUUUGGGAAUUUUUUAGAGCAAAUUCCUGUAAGGAAUUUCAUAGAAAACUGUUUUCAUAGGAUAUUUUUUAAUCAAGAAUAUUUUGCUGCAGGAAUUAUUAUUAUUAUUAUUAUUAUUAUUAUUUUCGGGAAUUUUUCCAUCCCGGAAUUUCUUUAAUCAGAAAUUUUUUUUCUAAAUUUUUUUUUGGGAAUUUUUUUUUUAGAAAUUUCCUUGUUCCAGAAUUUCUUUAAAAUUGCCGAAAAAAAAAUUAUUUUUCGGAAAGUUCGUCGUUUGUUAUAAAAUUUCAGGAUUUUUCUUUUCCAAAUCUUUGUUUCUGGAAUUUUUUUUACGGGAAUUUUUUUGUUAAACAAUUUUUUUUGCGGGAAUUUCUUCAUUUAGAAUAUUUUUUCUAAGAAUAUUUUUGUUCUGGAAUUCGAUAUUAUUUAAUGCAAUUUUUAAAUUAACAAUGAAAAACAUUAAAAAUUCUUUAGUAAUGCCAGGUUUUUCGCCACGCAUAAGACUUGCAAUUUAGUACAAUUUUAAUAUACAAAAAUGUAGGAAUAAAAUUUUGAUAGAAAAAAUUUUCCAAAAAUAAAUUGUAGAAUAAAAAAUUUUUCGAAAAAAAAAAUUUCAGAAUGUAAAAAAUCUUGAACUAACGAAUUUCUGACGAAAAUAUAUGCCUGGAAAAAAUUAGUAAAUUCUUAAAAAAAUCGCAAAAAAAACACGAAGCAUUGGGAAUUCCCAAAUAAAAUAAUCCUGCAAUAAAAAAUCCACAAACAAAAUAAUUUCUAAGAUUAAAAAAAAAUUUAACAAAGAACUUCUCGAAAUUUCCGGAAAAUAAAAAUUCCAUACCAAAAAUAUUCAUUAAUGAAAAAAAUCAUUAAAAUAAAAAUCCAGAAUGCAAGAAUUCCUGAAAAAAAAAUUCCACAACAAAAAUGUCCCAAAAAAAAAUUCUUUAAUAUAAAAAUUCCUGGACUAAAAAAUUCUUGAAAAAAAAUUAUUUUAAAUAAAAAAUUUUUCCGAAAAAAAAAUUUUUAUGCAAAAUUUUUUUUUGGAGUGUUUUUGGAUCGGAAAUUUUUAAGAAUAGGGCCAAAUUCCUGUAAGAAAUUGUUUU